AAAAGGGAAAGAAAAAGAGGAAUUGAAAGAUGAGCGCAAUACGCACCAAGUGCCAUCUAGCGGAAUGUCGCCAUUUUCCACGUUUCUCAUCAACGUCGGUUAAGAUACCAGUUUGCGUGAAAUUUUCUGCAUCCACAACAACUCGACUCCACCUCAACAAAGCCUUGCCAACUCGCCACCCAACUCACCUUGUCAAAUCGCCCGACUCGGUGCCGAUGUCUGACUCUAACUCUAGCUGCGUGAAUGGAACUUAUGCUGAGAUUGUGGUGGUGCGACAUGGGGAAACGGAGUGGAAUGCUGAUGGAAGAAUUCAGGGGCAUCUGGAUGUGGAACUAAAUGAAGCUGGGAGACAGCAAGCAGCUUCAGUGGCUGACCGACUAUCAAAGGAGCCUAAAGUAUCUGCCGUCUAUUCAUCUGAUUUAAAGCGAGCUCUUGUGACAGCUGAGACAAUUGCAGCUAGGUGUGGUGGGUUAGAGGUUAUAACAGAUCAAGACUUACGGGAGAGAAAUUUAGGGGAUCUUCAAGGCCUUGUAUUUCGUGAAGCUGCCAAACUUAAUCCCAAAGCUCACAAGGCCUUUUUAUCACACAGGACAGAUCAAGAUAUUCCAGGUGGCGGGGAAAGCCGAGACCAACUUUAUCAGCGCUGCACAUCUUCAUUGCAGAGAAUUGGUAGGAAGCAUAAAGGAGAGCGAGUUGUUGUGGUUUCCCACGGCGGUGUCCUUAGAGCACUCUACAAGCAAGCUUGCCCGGAUGGAAAGUCCAUAGGGAAGGUGCUUAAUACAUCUGUAAACAUAUUUCUCGUGUCUGAUGAGGAAUGGACCAUAAAAUGCUGGGGUGACGUUAGUCAUCUCGAGCAAACAGGAUAUCUGAAGUCGGGUUUUGGGGGGGACAAAACAUCUGGUUAGUUUGUAGUUUGACAUACGCCUUGCCUAUAGCAUACUGUAAUUUGAUUAUUUCAGGCAAUGUCGCUAGAACAUUAAAGGUGAGAUAAAUGGCCUAAUUCAAGCCAUUCUCUCUAGGGAUUAUUACUUACAAACAUGAUUUUGGAACAGCUUUUAUAUUUUUUAAUAAAUGAGAUAACUUUUCUUAAUAAAAAC